AUAUAAAUAUAUCUUCUAUAAAUAUUUAACCAGAAGAAAUACAGAUAUAUUUUUAAAAAUCUAAAUUCAUAAAAACGUGCACCGGAAGUGUGUCAGCACGAUACAUUUUAGUGAUGCUGCUGCGCGAAUUUUUUAAAUUUGAAUAUUUAUGAAUAAGCGAUGAAUUAAUUAAUGAUUAUUAAAAAAAAAAUUGUGAGUGCUGUAUAAAGUAUACAGAUAAAAAUAUAUAUAUAUAUUUAUAUUUUUUAUAACGUAUAUUAAAGGUAAAUUGCUGGCAACUAAAAUUAAAGAGGCCUUUGGCAAAUAGAAAUAUAUUCUAUUAAAUUAUUUAAAUAAUGUCACACUUGAUGUCUAAUCAGGCCAAUGCGCCGUUACAAGGGGGUGAUUUCAAGCGAACACCCAUGCGUCCAAUGAUUGCCGAAUAUGACCCAAAAAGACAUGAAACAAAAACAGAAUUGUCAGACAUGGUUCUUGUCAAAUACAAAUGUGAGAAAAAUGAUGUACCUACAAUGAUAUCAAAUGGAUCAACGCUACCAUUGGUUGAGAAAGCAAACGAUGAAGAAGCUGCUCUUUAUAAUCCAUUUGAGCAUAGGAAAUUAUCGCAUCCAACAUCAGACCUUGACACUCUUAUCCAUUUGUUGAAAGGCAGCCUUGGCUCGGGUAUCCUGGCGAUGCCUUUAGCUUUUAAGAGUGCUGGACUGUAUUUCGGACUUGUAGCAACAUUUUUAAUCGGGAUGGUCUGUACAUACUGCGUCCACAUACUUGUUAAAUGUGCCCACACUCUCUGUCGACGAACACAAACACCAAGUUUAGGAUUUGCCGAGGUCGCUGAGACGGCUUUCCUCGUUGGUCCUGAACCGGUUCAGAAGUACGCCAGACUUGCAAAAGCAACGAUUAAUACAUUUUUAGUAAUCGAUUUACUUGGUUGUUGCUGUGUCUACAUCGUAUUUGUCGCAGAAAACUUGGAACAAGUAAUUGAAAAUUACACCAAAAAAGACUUGGACGUAACAGUUUAUAUGGCAUGUUUACUGCCCAUACUAUUGGCUUUUUCUCUCAUAAGAAAUCUUAAAUGGCUUUCACCAUUUUCCAUGGUUGCAAAUAUACUAAUCGCAUCUGGUAUGGGAAUCACUUUCUACUAUGUCUUCCGUGACACAUCUGAAUUUAAACCAGUACCGGGAUUUUCGAGCUUUUCUCAGCUACCAAUGUUCUUCGGCACAGCCAUCUUCGCUCUUGAAGGAAUCGGAGUUGUUAUGCCUUUGGAAAACAACAUGAAGACACCAACUCACUUUAUUGGAUGCCCUGGAGUUCUCAACAUUGGAAUGUUUUUCGUAGUAUCUUUGUACAGUACUGUUGGAUUUUUCGGUUAUCUUCGGUUCGGCGAUGAAACCAAAGGAUCAAUAACUUUGAAUCUUCCAACAGAAGAACCAUUAGCUCAAGCCGUAAAAGUAAUGAUUGCUGUUGCUAUUUUCCUCACGUAUGGAUUACAAUUCUAUGUACCGAUGGAGAUAAUUUGGAAAAACUUAAAACAUCACUUUGGAGCCCGAAAAUUGUACGCUGAAUAUUUGGUGAGAAUUGGACUAGUUAUCUUCACUGUUGGUAUAGCAAUCGCAGUACCAAAGCUGGGACCAUUCAUUUCACUGGUUGGUGCGAUAUGUCUGUCAACAUUGGGUCUUAUGUUUCCGUCAGUAAUUGAAUUAGUAACAGUGUGGGAAACUGAAGAUGGUCUGGGACCCUUUUACUGGAGACUGUGGAAAAACAUUUUUAUAAUAUGUUUUGGUAUUCUCGGUUUCGUAACUGGUUCAUACGUAAGCUUGCAAGAAAUAAUGUCAUCCGAUGCUAAAUGAGACAGCGGCGUGACGGCGGGUCUUAACAAUAGCGAUGAAAUUCGCGUACAAUGACACUCAUUGUCAAUGAGUGAUGAUGAUAAUAAUAAUAAUAAUAAUCACAAUAAUAAUUAUUGGCCGCUCUUCGUUGUACAAACACAAUAUACAAUUGAGUCUAUAGAUUUGUAUCUGCCUAUAUCCGGCUCUCUUAUCAUCCUAAGAUGUCUAUAAAUUAUCCAUCAUAGUUAAAACAGAAACGGCAAUAAAUAUUUGUCAUGGUUGCUUUGUUUAGAUACUCAAUACAAUUGAAUAGAUAUUUAAAUCGUCUAUUUUUAAAUUGAGUAUAAAUACAUUUGAGAGCCGGUCUCUCGCGGACUGGAAACAACACGUCCAAGACUUGCUCGCGGUGUAGGACUCAUCACUUUUCUCUCUACUUUAUUCUUCCAACCAUGAGAGAAAAGUUCGCAACAUCUUUAAUAUUAUUUUUUUUUCUAUUUUUAUUUAUUUAUUUUUGUAGCAAUUGAAACAGAAUUUACCAGUAUUCCGAGAUGUCUAUUGAAUUCUCGUUUAUAAUUUUUUAAUAUUGAAACAAAACGUAUCUUUUAUUUAAUAUCGGAUUGAUGACUUCUUGCCGCGAUCCAGUCUAUUUUUGACUGCUGGCUGUAGAAAUUAAUACUAUAUACGCUUUAUUAAUUAUCUCAAUAGUUUAUUAUUAACAUCAAUCAAUAAUUCGGCUCUUAAUUAAAGUAACCAUUUUUUUAUGUUAGUUUUCAGUUUUUUGUGUUCUUUUUCAAAUAUUUUAAACUAUUAAAUAUAAAUAAUUUAAAAUUGAGCCAUUAUUGACCAUAAGUAUCAGUAUUUUUUUAAUAAAGAUAGUUAAAUUAGUUAAAAAAAAAAAAAAUAAAAAAAAAGAGUAAAAUAAAUUUAAAAAAAAAACAGUUAUUUAGUAAUAGUUUUGACAGCAGUAUGUUGAAUUAAAAUAAUAUUUGAAGCAGUACAAUGAAUGAAUGAUUACAUCCUAAUAAAGAUAAAAUAUGCAUUGUUCAAAUUAAUUAAGGAAUUUGAAUUAUAAAAUAAUAAAACUUUAUAAAAUCUACAAUGACAAACGAUAUUAAUAAAAGAUACGAGUGAAUGAAUAUAUAAAUUAAAUGCAUGCGUAUACGAGUUAUGAGAAAUUGACGUGCGCUCAAUUAAUUAAUGCAAUCAAUAUGCACAUUUUUAAAAAAAAUAUUAUUUUAAAGUAAUUAUCGCUAAUAUUCUUCAUUUAUUUAUGUAUAAAUUUGAUUUUUGUUAUAAAAAUUGCAGAAUCUCGGUGGCAUUAACGUGCUAAAAUAUUUAUAAAAUUUUUACAUCAGAAUACAUAAAACACCAAGCAUUUUUUAUAUAAUAGACCAUUUUUUUUUAAUUAAUUAAUUUUUUACCAAAAUAAUGAAUUUAUACGAAAUUGUGAUUAUUUAUUUUUACAGCAUUAUACACGCAAUAAAUAACGAAGGAAUUAUUAAAAAAUUUUUUUAAUAAUUGCAAUUUAGUAAUUUACAAAUUGUAACACGAAAAUUAAUUAUGUAUAGCUGUGCGUAUGGAUCUAAUUUUUGUGCAUAUUGUUACUUUAUAUUAUAAUGUAUAAUAUGUUAUUCUAUUUAAUACAUGAGUGAAAAAUUUUGAAAA